GGCCUAGCUUAAUUAUUAUUAUCACUUAUUUAUUUUUGUUUGUGUGGUACCAAGAGUUAAACCUAGAGCCUCAAAUACGCUAAGUGACUGCUCUGCCACUGAGCUAUAUCCCCUACCCAGGUCUUGUGUUUGCUUGCCUGCAUUUCCUUUCUCUAACAAAAAUAACCUACAUCUUAAAGAAUACAGAAUGGGCCUGGUGACACAUGUCUACAAUCACAGCUCUGGGAAAGCCAAGGCAGAUCACCAGUUCUAGGCCAACCUGGACUGCAUAGUGAGUUCCAGCCUAGACUACACGUCUCAAAAUCCCUAAAAACAGAACAGAGAAGGUGGCUCAGUAGGUAAAAGUGAUUGUCCAGUAAGAAUGGGGACCUAAGGUUAAAUUAUCAGAAUCCACGUAAAAGCUGAUUAGUAGAAGCCACUGUAACCACAGCCCGCUUACCUGGGGGUGAGAGGUGGAGGCAGGAGAAUCCUGGCAGGUUUAGAGCCCACCUAUCUGGUUUCUAUGGUGAAAAAAUAACAGACCCUGUCUUUAGCAAGGUGGGAGGCCAGCAGUGGUGGCACACACCUUCAUUCCAGGCACUCAGGAGGCAGAGGUGGAUCUCUGAGUUCUAAGCCAGCCAGAUUACAUCAUGAGACCCUGACUCAAAGAAAAGGUAAAGUCAAGGGUCAGCACCUGAGGCCAGUGUCCUCUGAUGUACACAAGCACUGUGGCACAUGAAUGAACACACAUCCAACACACACAAAAGUUCAAAAUGGAACUGAAAUCUAGGGUUGCUAAUAUAGCUAUAUAAUAAAUUAAGCCCAAACCUGAGAAACUCCAAGAACAGAGAAGCCUCAGUUUGUAUAAUUAGAUCCCACUAUGUGUGAUCUGACUGGACAGAACUAGCAUGCACACUUGCACAUCUUCCCAUGUCAGUACAGGAUCAUUCUUCAAGGGUACAUAAGCAGGCUAGCCCUUUGAUAUUAGGAGUGUGGGGAGCAGAGGAGGAGAUCUCCGAUGAUAAAGUGCCUUCCUUGAGUGUCUGAGAGCCUGGGUUCCAUCUCUGACAGAAAAUCCACGCUCAGUCCUGAACUAUAGCAUGUGCCGACUCCAAGGGGUUGCAGUACUUCCCUCUGCCAGCAUCCCACUUCCUGGCUCCUCAGACUGUCGGAAGGCCUGUGUUUGUAAGCUAUUGGCUAGGCUCCUGGGCGCAGGAAUGCUGCACUGCCUUUAAUAGCUGUGUGAACAGUCCUUCUAUGGGCAACAGGCGGUUGCCUGGGUACCUGCAUGUUUUCGUCCUUAGAAUCUGUUUACCAUGCUGACCUUGAAAUUUAGAGCAGAUGCAUUCUCGGAGGAAAAGGAGGUGAGGUUCCUGAGUGGAAGAGGAAGCCUGAAAGGUUUUAGAAAUGGAAUAAAACAAAAUGUCCCCUGCCAAGGCUGUCAACCUAGCAGCUCAAGGAUCACAAAGGACUGACUUCAGGGUGCUUGGCCUCCCCUAGGGCGCCAUGGGCAGGGCCUGAGGCUGGAAUGCUUUCAGAAAGGAGGUAGGGGACAGUUAGCUAGCAAACCCCUGAUGUUUCUUUCACCACACUUCCCUGAAACCAAGCAAAGCAAACCUCCCAUGUCUCCAAGUGUAGGCUCCCUUUCCCAGAGUGGCGUUUCCAUCUAUCCAUCCUACCCCCAUUGCAUCACCAUUCGAACUGCGACUGCCAAAGGCCUCCUUCGCCAGCUUUUUAAGGCACUCCCCUGACAGACCGUGAGCCAUUGGGCCACCCGGAGGGCUGAGAGCCUGGGCGCUCCUAGCAGACCUGCUCCUACACCUUGUGGGUAGCCUGAAGGAGUCUGACUCGGAAAGUAAAACUACUUCUAAGCUGACUAAACUUGACUGCUGAUGCGCUUUGAACUCCGGCAUGAACACAGUGGAGCGCCUUCUUGGAAUCUGGCCUGGUUUCUCUUAAACGCGCCAAAAAAAAAAAAAAAAAAAACAGGAAACCCUUAGACUUGUUCUGCUUUGGUGCUGGAUUGUGCGAAAUACUACUUUUGAAAUCUGACGGGAUUAAGGAGCUUCCCCUGGAGCCAAAGAAACUAAAACAGGGUCAUCGUACCCAGAUGUCCUGAGGUUCCCAGGGGCACAAUACGGAAUCUGGAACCAAAGGAGUGACUGCGGAUUCGGGCGCCGAGCUCGACUCUCCAGGCCUCGCUCUGCAAACCACUGGGCUGGAGGGUGGUUAGCACACCUAGGAGGCCGCACUUGUCACCCGCUGUUCCCAGCUGAGCGUCAGCGGAGGUGGUUAGAAACCCCGGAAGGGCGGAGAGGGAGCUGGCGUAGGCCGGUGGGUGACUCAGCCUGCAGCCCUGGGGACAAAUGGGUUAAGUGGGCGUGGCAUGUGCCGCUCCGCCCCGACAGGCCCCGCCUACGGAGGCCGCGGCUGGCCUGCGUAUUUAUAGAGGCGGUGCCGGGAGCGCCGGGGCGUCCCUGUGCCCGCAGUCCCGCGUCAUGGAGCGGCCGGCGCCUUUGGCGGUGCUGCCCUUCUCCGAUCCCGCGCACGCCCUGAGCCUGUUGCGCGGCUUGAGUCAGCUGCGCGCCGAGCGCAAGUUUCUGGACGUGACCCUGGAGGCAGCGGGUGGCCGCGACUUCCCCGCGCACCGUGCCGUGUUAGCGGCCGCUAGUCCCUACUUCCGCGCCAUGUUCGCGGGCCAGCUGCGCGAGAGCCGCGCCGAGCGCGUGCGCUUGCACGGGGUGCCGCCCGACAUGCUGCAGCUGCUCCUGGACUUCAGCUACACCGGCCGAGUGGCCGUGAGCGGCGACAACGCCGAGCCGCUGCUGCGCGCCGCGGACCUGCUGCAGUUCCCCGCCGUGAAGGAGGCGUGCGGCGCCUUUCUGCAGCAGCAGCUCGACCUGGCCAACUGCCUGGACAUGCAGGACUUUGCCGAGGCCUUCAGCUGCUCGGGGCUGGCUAGCGCGGCGCAGCGCUUCAUCCUGCGCCACGUGGGCGAGCUGGGCGCCGAGCAGCUGGAGAGGCUGCCGCUGGCCCGCCUGCUGCGCUACCUGCGCGACGACGGGCUGUGCGUGCCCAAGGAGGAGGCGGCCUACCAGCUGGCGCUGCGCUGGGUCCGCGCGGACCCGCCGCGCCGCGCCGCGCACUGGCCGCAGCUGCUGGAGGCCGUGCGCCUUCCCUUCGUGCGCCGCUUCUACCUGCUGGCACACGUGGAGGCCGAGCCGCUGGUGGCGCGCUGCCCGCCUUGUCUGCGCCUGCUGCGCGAGGCCCGCGACUUCCAGGCGGCACGCUACGACCGGCACGACCGCGGGCCCUGCCCCCGUAUGCGUCCGCGCCCGUCCACCGGCCUAGCCGAGAUCCUGGUGCUGGUGGGAGGUUGCGACCAGGACUGCGACGAGUUGGUCACCGUCGACUGCUACAAUCCGCAGACGGGCCAGUGGCGCUACCUGGCCGAGUUCCCCGACCACUUAGGUGGGGGCUACAGUAUCGUGGCUCUGGGUAACGACAUCUACGUGACGGGCGGCUCUGAUGGCUCCAGGCUGUAUGACUGCGUGUGGAGAUACAACUCAAGUGUGAACGAGUGGACAGAGGUGGCGCCCAUGCUCAAGGCCCGAGAGUACCACAGUUCCUCUGUCCUGGACGGACUACUGUAUGUGGUGGCAGCUGACAGCACAGAGCGCUAUGACCAUGCCACCGACUCCUGGGAGGCUCUACAGCCCAUGACCUACCCCAUGGACAACUGCUCUACCACUGCCUGCCGAGGCCGGCUCUACGCCAUUGGCUCCCUGGCAGGCAAGGAAACCAUGGUGAUCCAAUGCUAUGACCCGGACACUGACCUGUGGUCACUGGUGGACUGUGGCCAGCUCCCACCCUGGUCCUUUGCACCCAAGACCGUGACUCUGAAUGGACUCAUGUACUUCGUCAGGGACGACUCGGCCGAGGUGGAUGUAUACAACCCCACAAAGAAUGAAUGGGACAAGAUCCCAUCUAUGAAUCAGGUACAUGUCGGGGGCAGCCUGGCUGUCCUGGGAGGCAAGCUCUAUGUCUCUGGGGGAUAUGACAAUACAUUUGAACUCUCGGACGUGGUGGAGGCAUAUGACCCGGAGACCCGGGCAUGGAGUGUGGUGGGGCGGCUUCCAGAGCCCACCUUCUGGCAUGGCAGCGUGAGCAUCUUCCGCCAGUUCAUGCCACAGACACCAGCAGGGGGCCGUGGCUUUGAGCUGAACAGUGGCAGCAAUGACAUGGAUGCAGGCCGCCACAGGCUGCCGCAGAACCCUGACGAGCUGCACUAGCCCAGGCCUGGCCCAAGGGAGGGCCUUGGUGCAAGGGGCCAGGCACCUACAGAGGAAUGGGCCGCCAGGAAGAGCAGUGGCUCCUGGGUGCUGAGGGAGCACCUCGACGCGUCAUGUGAAGGCUUCUGUACAUUCGGAGCCGAUGUCACAGCUUCUAGGGCCGAAGCUGGUGGUGACCUGUGUGGUCAAGAAUCAGUGGCUUCUCCACUAUCGCGUAUCUCUGCCUUCCAGAAAGUUACCUCCAGCUUGUAGCAUCCAACUCACCGUGCAGUGUGCCUCUCCUUGCAGCCCCCUCCUGGGCCUGCUUGAUCCCAGAGCAGAGGGCAAGGGUCCCUGUUACAGAAAGUGGCCUGGCCUGGAACACUGGGGACCCAGGAAGACAAAGGCUACAAAAGAGAGCUUAAACUCCAUCUAGUACCAAGGAUCCCUGCAGCCAGUGCAAGUCCGAGGGGUGUCUGCUCACCUAGCUUCGCACGUCUGUUGAGGUCUCACCAUACAGGGUAGGCUUUCAGGACUUGAGUACGGACUGAGCCACAGUGUGAGCUUGAAGGGGUCUGUUUUCAUAGCACAUGGUCUCACCUGGCCAGGAGGCCCUCCUUGGGGUUCUGUCCCAAGCCUGCAGAGGCAAGGCUGGAGGAGACCAAAGCUCACGAAGCUGGAUUGCUGUGGCUCCUCGGGAAUCUUCCCUGACACUUGGCUGAGUGGACAGAUGCUGGGCCUGGGAGUAAAGACUCCUGCUUCUAAAGGAGACUGAGCGGGACGGCCCCAAGGCUUGGUUCUAGGUUUGAAAUGCUUGCAGUUUGAACUCUAAAAGAAGUAGAGAGUUGGGAGAAGAGACAAGGGGCUUUGUCUGACUUGAAGAUGUAUAGGUCAUCAUUGUUAGAAUUUUCCUGCCAUUGUAUAGAAAACUUCGGAUUCCUAAGAGCUCAGGUCCAGGUGUAUGAGUACCAGAACACCUGAGCCAUAGCUCAGCGGAGCCCAGAAUUUCUUCCUGACUUUGAGUGGUUUCGUGGGUUUGGGAGCUGGGACUGCUCAAGGUGCCCAGUGGCCUCUCUGCUGGAGUGUAUCAGCAUGCCUCUUUCUGGGGAAGAGGGCACUAGGACAGUUUUAUUGGAGACAAAGCCAAGGUUCAGGGUGCUUUGGUGAACUUGGGUGGGUGAGGCUCUAGGAACAGAGCCUGCCCUAUCACAUACCUACAGUCCUCUUCUUGGCCAGGUGGCAGAGGAGGCUGCCUUAAUUUCCAGGGUACCUACCUACUUCCUGUUCAGUGCCAUGCACUGCAGAAGUCAUCCUGUUUAGUUUGAGAUCCAUAUUUCUAAAAUGCUGUGCUGGGCACCCAGCCCUGGGAAAGACCAAGUGUAUGGGGCAGUGCUGGCCCAGCCCAGGCCCACUGGUGUCCUAGGGCUCCCGUGGGGUGUGCAGCCAGAAUUUGUUUUGUUUCCUGGUGCUGUCCAAUUGUGCCUCUCCUCCCUCUUGGCCUAGUAAACUCUUCCACUGAGCCUUAAAGAGCUGCCACCCAGAGGUGUUGGUACUCUGGGGUGCCUUGGCAUGGCAGGGUGAGGUCCUGUGUGUUUCAGGAACUAAGCUCAGUGCUGCGGAAAGUGUAUUGUUCGGUCCACCUGUAGACUAGCUACUACUGUCAAGUCCUCUUAGGGACAGGCUAGGAGGCUUCCCAGAGGAGAGCUGCAUCACUGCACUCUCCUGUGACCUGCAGUGGUUACUGCAUUAUAAUGCACGCUUGCACAGGGCCCCUCUGCCCACCUGUGCUCCAGAGCUGCUCAGGUUUCCGCAUCACUGCCCAUAUUGGGGUUUGUAAGACCGAGGACAGUGCAGAGCAGACACUCACUGUGAUCCCUCCCUCAGCUUCUCCUUUGCCAAGGGCUCUAGACUCUACCCCCAUCACUUGACACAUGUCUACACUAACGGGGAUUAAGGCUGGGUUACUUGGGUAUGGGAUUGUCCCUGUCACAUGUAUAAAGCUUUUGUAUAAAGCUUUUCUAUGUCAGGACAAAAUUAAGUUAUAAAAAUUCUGUGCCUGGUUUUUGAUGCUGAUCUGUAGGAAUUUCUUAUAUUUAUGACUUCAGAGACUUAUGUGAUGAAGGUUGCCUUCCUUAGGUAACCAGCAUUCAGUCACACCAGUGGCUGGGGCAGAUUUGUAUAUUUAUUUGUCUACUCUAUAGGCUUCUAUGUCCAGCAUUCUAACGUUUUAGGAUGCUCCCCCCCCCUUUUUGAAAUAAAAUGUUUCCUAUA